CGUAGUUGCGUCAUUACAUCAUAAUUCUCACAGAUACACCAUGGCUUCUUACAGUAUAGUUUCCCUAGUCAUAGUUUCCACAAUGAGAUCGUAAUACACUAGACAUAGAGCAAGGACAGAUCAAUUCCCCUCUACCAUCAAAAUAAAAACCCGAGAUCCAUACCACCAUGUCCACCAUAGAAACAAUCCUAAUAACGGGCGCCUCCUCCGGCCUCGGCCUCGGCUUCCUAACGCACUACCUCUCCCUUUCCACCCUAACCCCCAAAAUCAUAGCCAUAGACACCCACCCCUUACCCGAAAAAAUCACUACACCGCACCCACCAACCCUUUCCUUCCACCGCCUCGACAUCACCAGUGCCGACGCAGUUCAAACCCUCGCAUCAACCUACACCCACACGCCUCUCACUCUAAUCCUUCACUGCGCCGGCAUCCGCGGCCUAGUCCCAUCAAUAGUAUCCCGCGAGAAGGACGCAAACCGCAAUGUCGCUAGUACCGAGACACUGGAAGUCAUGGACAAAGAAACAAUGAUGCGAGCGUUCGAAGUAAACACCUGGGGAACGUUUAACCUUAUCAAGUCUUUUUUGCCAUCUCUCCUCUCCUCUUCGUCAUCGUCACUGGAAGAUACCAGUCGCACACGCCCCAAAUUCGUCAUCCUCUCCUCUCGCAUGUCUUCCAUCUCAGCCAAUUCCGCAGGAGGCGCAUACGCGUAUCGAGCGAGCAAAGCAGCGCUGAAUGCAGUGGUGAGGAGUUUUGUGAUUGAUGUGCCGCAGGCGCAGUUUUUGCUAUUGCACCCGGGGAGGGUGGAGACGGGGCUGGUGGCGUGGAAGGAGGAAGGGGCGGUGAGCGUGGAGGAGAGUGUGGAUGAUUGCUUGAGGGUUUUGGAGAGGAUGGGGGAGGAGGGGUGGGCGAGCGGGAGGUUGGUGGAUCGGUUUGGCGAGGAGAUUGGGUGGUGAGGAAGAGGGGAAAAGGUGAACUUGGUCAAGAGGGUGGGGACGAUUGAUUCUUGUGGAUAUCGUUAACUGGCUGUGGCAUUCACAGCAGCAAGAUGCAGCUGUGAAGUUGCAUCAUGUUCUUUAACUCUUGCAGUGUGCAUCGAGAGUCUGUUGGUCUUC